AUGGGCUGUAAAUACAGAAGCUGGCUUGGAUUAGGGCAGCUGAACUAUGCAAGACCUGAUGUCUCUCACCAAGGUGAAGUUCAAGAAGCUACUAAUACUAUGAAGUCCAGCAUGAAGGCACACGUGUACCACAGUUUAAGGAGACCAUGGCAGGAGUGUGGACAACACAAUACAACCCUCUGGAAUGAGGACUGGCGACCACCUGCGCCGCCCCACUUACCAUCUGCCCCGCGGGGAGGGCCCCCCGGGGUGGCGGAGCCCUCCCUGCUCCCGGGCGGCUCUGGGGGAACUCGGUGUUUGCCUCCAGCCCUUCGCUACCGGAGAGAUCAGGUUCCUCCCCUCCUCCCCCUCCAGCUCCGGCCGCCGCCGCCGCCGCCUCCUUCUUGCAUGACACAGCAGAACCGCAGCUGCCGCAGCAAGUCCCAACCAUCCGCCCAGGAAGCGCCGCAACCGGGACUCGGGAGGGGCGGAGGGGGAACCAGGCAGGGGCCACCGCCGAGGGGGAUGCUUGCCCCCGCUUUGCACCACACACUCUUUUCCCAGCCCAGGGGCAUGGGAACAAAAUCAGGCUCAAGCCGACCAGGCCAAGCCCGUGAGGAAAGCUGGGGGUUCGGCGUCAGAAGGGAUGGGACCAAAGAGAAGGGUGUGAAGGAGACCCCAAUUGAGGCAGGUCAUUGCAGGGGAAGAAGGGGAAGAAGAGGCCGAGAAGUCGAGGGCCAGACUGUGAAGGAGAAUAAAGGAGGUCAAAGAAAGGUCAUAUCGUCGUACCUCACUUCCUGACACAAACAAGUUUUUACUGUUGUCAGCAACAAAGUCCUAAUAUAGCUGCGGAAGAGAAAAACUGCAUUGCAUUUGCCUCCUGCAAGCAUCAUCAACACAGUUAUCGGAGGAAUGUUGAUUCCAGAAAAGCUUUAAAGCUGGUACGAUGGUAAUUAUGUAUCAAAUGCCUGAUUCUAUUUCUGUUAUUAUUGUUUUGUCAUUUCUGAGCCACCCAAGAACUGGCUGAACUCGCAGAGGGACAAGUCCGGUUCUUCCUUUUGCCUCGGUAAAAUUUAAUCAGACCUGAUAGAAAACUCAUUGCUCUAGGGGAAAAUAAAGUAGGAGCCACGAAAUGUCAUUUUAACAGAGCGUGGGUUUUGUGACUGUAGGAAAGGAUUUAAGGACGCUCCUUCUGUUCGGUUUCCUAUGUAAUGAGCAAAGGCUACACGCACGCACAGACGCCACAGCUCCCGGAUGCUGUGGCUCGCUUGUCUGGGCUUCUGCAGCGCCAGGAGCCCCUCCGGGAUGCUGCGAGGGGCUCUCGGUGGGUGGUGGUGGUGGUACGAACGGCUGCGGCCGCCGCCGCCAGUUCUGCCGCUGCUGUUGUUGCUGCUGCAGUCACGUGGGAGGCCCUUUAAGUUUCCAUAGAGAGGCCUCUCCGGUGUCACAUGAUGGACAUGAUAUAAUGAAACAACAUUGUGGAGAGGAAAGCAUUAGGGGAGCCCACGGCUACAAAAACAAGUGAGUGAGAAGAGGUGGGAGGAAGAGAAACUACGCCACCUCCCCUGCAGCCGAGCCGCACGCAGCAGCUCCCCGCGGGAAGUGGGCGACGCCGGCGCGGGGGAAGGGAGACCCGGUGCCCAGCCCCGGCCGGGGGACCCCCGCCGCCCACAGCCAAGAGAACAACUUUAGCCGGCAGCCUCGGCCAGCACUGCACCUGUCUCCGAAGCCUCCAUCGCUCCUCCAGAUGAUCAAAGGGGAAUUCUAGAAGACUGUGCUCUACAAAUAUACAUGCGCAUCGUUUUCCCCCUUGCGUCUCGCUCCGCAGGAAGGAAAGAGAAAGGGAUUAAAGCGGCAGCGUGUGUUCAGCCCCAAGGGUAAAGAGAGUUUGGGACAUUUUACCAUCUGGAGUUUCUCUGUGCCUUGCUGAUGAUCUGAGCUCAAACCUGCCAGAUAAGAAAACCUCCUGUAACAUCUGAG